AUGGCGUCUACGAUCCCUGUUGGCGAGUACAUAUUCCGCCGUCUGCACCAGCUCGGCAUCCGCAAUAUCGUUGGCGUUCCUGGCGACUUCAACCUCAACCUCCUCGACCACGUCUACAGCGUCCCGGAUCUACGCUGGGUAGGCACCUGCAACGAGCUCAACGCUGCGUACGCUGCUGACGGAUACGCCCGUGCUCGCUCCCUGCCCGGCGUUGUCGUCACUACCUACGGAGUUGGAGAGCUGAGUGCCCUCAAUGGCAUAGUUGGCGCAUACAGUGAAUAUGUGCCUGUCGUUCACAUCGUGGGGAACACGUCGAGAGACAUGCAGCGCAACCACACUCGCAUCCACCACACCCUAUGGAUGGACAAGUGGGACCAUAGGACAUACCAGAAGAUGAUCGAGCCCGUGGCCGCUGCCACUGCGUUCCUGGACGAUGAGAGCAAGGUGGCUGCAGAGGUGGAUAGGGUGAUCGAGACAGCCGUCAAGAGAAGGCUGCCGGUCUACCUGUUCGUACCGCUGGAUAUACAAGAUAGCCCUAUCGAUGCUGCGCCGUUGCAGAAGCCACUGAAUCUGACUGUGCAGAACGUGGGUAGGGAGGCAGAGGAGGAUGAGGUUGUAGAGGAGGUGAUCAAGCGGAUGGGCCAGGCAAAGGAUCCCGGCGUGUUGGUCGAUAUGUUAAUGUCCAGACAUAACCUGUACAGGCAGACAAGUGAGCUGAUCAAGCUCCUGGCUGCUCCGUGGUACACGACCCCAAUGGGCAAAUCAACCGUCAAUGAAUCUGACCCUCACUUUGCUGGUCUAUACUGUGGUGUUUCCUCUAGCAACCCUGCCCUCAAGGCUCAAAUUGAGUCUCACGAUGCUGUCCUCCACCUUGGGCCAUUUAACGUCAGUGGAAACACGGGUGGUUUCAGCGCGGAACUCCCUACCGAUAAGCUCAUUGAACUGCAUCCUGCGUACUGCUCUGUGGGAGGAAAGGUCUGGGAAGGUCUCGACUUUAGACCUGUCGUGGAGAAACUCCUUGUCAGACUCACCAAAGAGCCUAUCCAGCGAACUGUCGACCUCGCCAAGAUACUCCCCAAGACCUCAGAGCAACCAUCCGAUGACAAUUGCACUGACCCCCUUGACCAUGCCCGCUUCUGGGACCGUCUCUCCAAAUUUCUACGCCCCGAUGACUUCGUAGUCGCCGAAGUGGGCACCUCCCAAUUCGGCUCCCAGGGCCUCACCCUCCCCGACAACACCACUUAUUUCUCUCAGCUUUACUAUAGUUGCAUCGGAUUCUCUGUCCCUGCCACGCUGGGUGUCCUUCUCGCCCGCCGCGAAACCGCCAACCCUGGCCGUGUUAUUCUCCUCGUCGGUGACGGAAGUCUACACAUGACCGUCCAGGAGAUCGGCACCAUGGUCCGUGAGGGCUUCAAACCCAUCAUCUUCGUAGUCAACAACAGAGGUUACACCAUCGAACGACUCAUCCACGGUCCCGAGCAACAAUACAAUGACAUCUCUGAGAUGUGGGACUACCAGAAGAUGCUUGGCUUCUUCGGUGCAAAGGACGGCCGAAGCUACGCUGCCCGCACUUAUAAGGAGCUCGGCGCCAUCUUAAACGACGAGACCUUCCUAAAGACUGACGUCAUCCAAGUCGUCGAGAUCUUCUUUGAUAUCAUGGACUCGCCAUGGAACCUGACCAAGUUGCUCGAGCUCAAGGAGGAGAGGUUAGCCAAGGCUAGGGCGGAGAAGGAAAAGGCAGCGUUGGCUGCUUCUGGAACCAAUUAUGCUAAUUAA